AUGAAAAUAAAACCUCUUUGCUCUCUUUCUCAAUCCGAACUCUCACUCCAAAACAAGCAUAGCUACCUUUUAACUCACUGCACCUCGUUAUUCACGCUUGUUGUCAGAAACGAGAAAGCUACCAUCCGCAAGAUUCAUCAGAAAGUUGCAAUUGACAUUGACUUUGCUUCUCAAACCAUAAAUGGGAGAACGGAUAUAAAUAUCAUGCCCAUUAAUCCUGAUUUAAAAAAGGUCGUCCUGGAUUGCUAUCAAGCUGAUGUUCAUUCAUGCUAUAUAAAUAAUGAACCAGCUAAUUUUGUUUAUGAUGAUGCUUUACGGCGGCUGCGCAUACAGGAACCAAAUAGUAACGUAAGCCAUCACCAUCAGCUGAAUUCUCAGUAUGAAUCUACUGUGAAUGAUUUAGGUGGCUUAUCAAUUUUUUUACCAAAAUCGCCGGGUGAGGAUCCUGCAACUUUAUUGGUGUCAAUCGAGUUUUCUGUUCACCAGCCUACUUCGGGCAUAACGUUUGUUGGCGUUGACCCCAUUGAUCAUCGCUAUCCUCAUGCUUACACUAACAAUUCUAUUGUUCCGUAUAGCACAUCGUCUUGGCUCCCUUGUGUCGAUGGUAUAUGGGAACGUUCCACCUGGGAGUUUGAAAUCACUAUCCCUAAAACCCUUGGAACUCUCUCUAAGUCUUCCAAUAGCCAACUAAAUGGAUUUACGGACAAGUCUUCUUCUCAAGAGCCUCAUGAAGAUGAUGAUAUGCAAAGCGAGCUCGAUCACGACCCACGUACUUCUGUAGCAGAACCCGAUUUUUCUGAGGACCAUGACAUGGAGGUUAUUGGCUGUGGUGACUUACUGGAUCAGGUUACGCAUCCGAAAGCCACCCAUAAAAAAACUGUUUAUUCCACCGUUUCUACGCCGGUCGCUCCAAAUUAUAUUGCUUUUGCAGCUGGUCCAUUUAAACAUAUAAACUUGACUGACUUUCGAGAACCAGAAGAUGAUGACGCGAUGGGCUCAAGCGCUAUCGAAAUUGCAGGCUAUUACCUUCCCAAAUAUGCUGAAGAAGUUGAAAAUAGUUGCGUAUUUAUGUAUAAAGCUAUGGACUUUUUCGUGAGGGAAUAUGGCUCUUACCCGUUUAAUGCGUUCAAACUUUGCUUUGUUGACGAAACGAAUUAUCCUAUUAUUUCAACUCCUUCUCUUGUCAUCGCAAGUAAUUCCCUUUUAUUUCCUAAAGCUAAUUUGGAUGAUAUUUAUGAGUCUACGAAGACACUUACCUGGGCUCUGGCUAGUCAAUGGAUAGGGGUAUACUUAAUUCCUAAAGCUUGGAACGAUUUAUGGCUUAUAUAUGGUCUCUCCUAUUUUAUAACUGGUUUAUUUUUGAAAAAAUUAAUGGGGAAUAAUGAUCAUCGUUUUCGAUUAAAAAAAGAUGUUUUAAAGCUAUUAGAAUUAGAUAUUGGUCGACCUCCUAUAGCUAAUCCUAAUUUGGUUCUUCCAAUUGAUCCGAACACUUUAAAUUUUAUAGCGUUAAAAGCUCCGCUUGUAAUUCACAUACUUGAGCGUCGUCUAACGAAGACUGGUGGUUCUUUGGGAAUGUCAAGGGUAAUACCUAAGCUAUUGCUUCAAGUUAUGAGUGGUGAUAUGUUGAACGGAUGCCUGAGUACUUCUCAUUUUCUCAAAACGUGUGAGAAGGCUAGUCAUAUGCGUUUAGAUAUUUUUGCUCAACAGUGGAUAUAUGGUUAUGGAUAUCCUAUAUUCCGCGUUGUUCAAAGAUUUAACAGAAAAAAGAUGAUAAUUGAAAUGGGUAUUGAUCAGGUUCAAACUAAAGAAACUCCGACUAUACCCGCAUCAGAAGGAAACUUUGUUUCUGACGCUAUACGGCACUUAAACAAUGAACCAGUUGCUUCCGGUCUUCCAGUAUUUAGUGGACCAAUGACUAUUCGAAUUCACGAAGCUGACGGUACUCCUUACGAACAUGUUGUUGAAUUGAAAGAUUCGUUUACGAAACUUGAUAUUCAGUAUAAUACCAAGUACAAAAGAAUCAGUCGUAACAGAUCGACUAAAAACGUUCGCAAAGAUAACGGUGAUCACGGCGGUGAUGAUUCUGACUAUGUUAUUAGAAGCUUGGGAGACGUUCUUCAAAGUGAUGAAGAUAUUGAAAAAUGGAGGCUUUAUGAUUAUACCAAGGAAGAUGAAGAUACGAUGGCUACUGAAGCUUUUGAGUGGAUCCGUGUUGACGCUGAUUUCGAGUGGAUAUGUGAUUUACGAGUUCGUCAACCCGAGCAUAUGUUUGUUUCCCAAAUUCAACAAGAUCGUGACGUUGUUGCGCAAUUAGAGACAAUCAGACAUUUUACGGGUAACAGCUUUUCAAUUUCCCGUCAGGUAUCCACGGUUUUACUUAGAACUCUUCUAGAUACCCGUUAUUACUAUGGAGUGCGCCAAGAAGCCGCUCGUGCUCUGGCUAACUGUGCAAAUCCUGAACUGGAUUGGAUUGGGUAUUACCAUUUGCGCAUGGCAUUUUUGGAAAGUUUUUGUUUCGAAAAUUCAACCAUCCCAAAAAGCAAUGAUUUCUCUAAUAUUUCUGAGUAUUACGUUAAGUGCGCUAUGGUUGAGGCUUUUGCUAAUGUCCGUGAUCGAAAGGGUGUCACUACAUCUUCUGUGAAGAAGCUUCUUUUGGAUUUACUUUGUUUUAAUGACAAUGCUAAUAAUGAGUUUUCUGACUCUCAUUUUAUCUGUCUGUUAAUUGAUUCUCUAGUUGAUGCUCUUAUUCCAAGAGGGGAAACAGUUCAGUAUGCAUUUAGUGAUCCUGAGCACAUGGAAUAUGUUCACCAGGCAAUUAACGAAAUUGAUCGACACAUGCGUAUUGAUGCCUGCAUGCCUUCAUAUAAAAACAUUAUCACAAUCAAAGCCCUGGAAGCUAAGAAUCGUUUAGCCAGAACCUUUCAUUUAGAUUUUGGCCCGAGGGAGCUAUUUCCAUAUACGCAGGAAGGUAAUUACAAUUCGGUCCGCUCAGUCGCUUAUGAUUUAAUGCUUCAAUCCGGAGCUUUAAAAAACGAUGCUUUAAUUAAAUACAUGUUUUACAUACUUAUAAACGAUCUUUCGCCUGCUGUGCGUCGUUCUUUAAUGUAUUCUAUCCAAAAAGGAUUUGGUUGCUUAGCGCGGGGUGGAGCCAAAACAGAAUUUGCAUCAGAUGAUUUGAUUGUUGAAGAGGAUAUUACCAAGGCUAUCGAAAAACGUAUAGAUAUUACAUCUCGUGCAAGUAUAUCUGGAGCCAUUGAGGCACUGCGAAACGACGUUGGAAAAAACAGAGUAUUAUCUGAGGAAAUGUGGAAAGCUAUUAAUGAUCCUAAAAUAGAUUUAAUGACUAAAAGAAACUUAUUGAUGAUAUGUCGAGUAUUAUAUAAGGCUAAAUCUUCAUUGAUUGUUACAUUGAAGAUACCAAGUCUUAUACCACGCUUGCGUGCCAUCCACCUUGGAAAAGGUAAAAUUGUUAUAAGAAAAGCGCCAUUAAAACAGUUUGGGAAAAACAAAGAAAAGUCACCACCUCAGAUACCUGCACCAAGUCCCGUUGUUAAUGAUAAUAAUAAUAAGCCUAAAGGACCGACCUUGAAAAUUAAAUUAAAGCUUUAG